UCACUUUCUCGUUUUGUUUUAUUCAUUUUUUUUUUUCUCUAAAUCUAAAUCUAAAUCUCUUUCUCUUCUUUAUUCUUGCUUAUAUGUUCUGAUUCCCUUAUCUCAUCACAUCUAUUCUCCUUCCUUGGACUUGGGAGGGAUCUUCAUGCACCCUCUCGAUAACACUGACUAUUUCUACUUCUGGAUUUUAUUCUUAAUCUGUUCUUAACUAUUGGGUUGUCUGCAAAUAUUAGAAAUUCAGAAAUGGACGAUGAGUAUGCUAAGCUUAUCAGGAGGAUGAACCCGCCAAGAGUUGUGAUUGACAAUGAUGCUUGUGAGCAUGCCACUGUAAUUCAGAUUGAUAGCGCUAAUGAGCAUGGAAUUCUCCUGGAAGUUGUCCAAGUUCUCACAGAUCUGAACCUUACUAUAACAAAAGCCUAUAUAUCUUCUGAUGGUGGAUGGUUCAUGGAUGUGUUCAAUGUGACCGACCAUGCUGGUAACAAAAUCAGCGAUGAAGGAAUCAUUAAUUACAUACAGAAGACUCUUGAAACAGAUGCCUGCUUCUUACCCUCGUUGAGAGGCUCUGUUGGAGUAAUGCCCUCUAAUGAGCAUACCUCAAUUGAACUAACAGGUGCUGAUAGACCUGGUUUGCUGUCCGAAGUAUGUGCCGUGCUCAAAAAUCUUCGAUGUAAUGUAGUCAAUGCUGAGAUCUGGACACACAAUGCUAGAGCAGCAGCAGUGGUUCAUGUGACAGAUGAGAUGACAGGGUGUGCAAUUGAAGACUCAGAAAGACUUUCCACAGUUAAGGAACUUUUGUGCAAUGUUCUCAAAGGAAACUAUGACCUGAACACAGCAAAAAUGACACUUUCAUCUCCUGGGGUGAUGCACACAGAGAGGAGGUUGCAUCAGAUGAUGUUUGCAGUCAGGGACUAUGAAAGGGUUGGGGUAACAGGGAUGGGGAGAACUGAUGAGGAUAGGAGUUCAAGGCCCCAUGUUACCAUAUCAGACUGUGUUGAGAAGGACUAUACUGUGGUUACCAUGAGGUCCAAAGACAGACCAAAGCUCUUGUUUGACACUAUAUUUACCCUAACAGAUAUGCAGUAUGUGGUGUUUCAUGGAACAGUCAACACAGGGAGGUUGGAAGCUUAUCAGGAAUACUACAUCCGACAUGUUGAUGGUCUCCCUAUAAGCUCAGAAGCUGAGAGACAACGUGUUACACAGUGUCUUGAAGCAGCCAUUGAGAGGCGCACUUCAGAGGGACUGGAGCUAGAACUGUGCACAGAGGACCGGGUUGGACUUCUCUCAGAUAUUACCAGGAUAUUCCGGGAGAAUAGUUUGUGCAUCAAAAGAGCAAAGAUCUCUACAAAGUGUGGGAAAGCAAAAGACACUUUCUACGUUACAGAUGUGUCUGGAAACCCAGUUGAUCUCAAAACAAUUGAAUCCAUCCAAAGAGAGAUUGGGCAAAGCAUACUGCGAGUGAAACAGAACCUGAGUUUCUCUCCAAAGCCUCCCCAGGAGACAGCAGGCUUCCUCCUGGGGAACUUCUUUAGAACUAAUUUCAGAUUGAUCAGAUCGUACUCUUAACAUCUCUGUACAUAAUCAUUCAACAAGAAACUGUGCAGAAAUAUCAAAAGUUCCGCCAAACACCACAGGAAAAAACUAAAGCAUUGUAACUGUGUUCUUCCAACUAGCAUCAUGGAGGGGUUAAAUAUUGUAUCAUCAUACAGAAAAAUAAAUUUAGAGAAUACCCCACUGUAUACUGUAAAAUACAGAAAAGUCUGGUAAAUGCUUCUCUUUGUAAAUAACAUGUGUAUAGAACAGUCUGUAUGCUGUGAUUUGUGAACAAAGUAAAUGUAAAAAUAGAUUUUGUAUAUUCC